AUGUUUUUAUUCAUUGCAUUCCUUAUCAUUUCACCGCAGAUUCACUUCAUUGAUGGCAAAGUGAAUCCAAGUGUUGGGGCCAGAGGUGGACCACCAGCUGUUAACAGCAAAGGUAUUGAUGACAAAGAGGAGACUCCCAGUGCUGAUGAGGGAGACAAUGGCGGCUCAACCCUCGACUAUGAGGCCAUAUUCUCAGCCCUCGAUGUCAUAUCAUCGGCGCCUAUGGAUGUCAUGGGAACCCCUCAACGGAUCGGAGACUUAGAGUUUGACGUCGAAGUGGACGAACAGAUCCCAGAAAAGGGUCAAAAGGCACCGGAAGUGGAUGUUGAGGACAAUAAAAACAAUCCGAUGGGAGGCGACGGCCAGGUAUUGACUGACGUAUCCGUGGAUUUGGUAUCGAAUUCGGCCAAAAGGAUCGGUGACAUCGAGUUAGACAUGAAUGUCAUGAACUCCCGGACGCGACACCCGCACCACCAGAAGCCAAAGGAGUUGACCGAAGAGGAGGAGGACGUGACUCUACAAGUGGGCGCCGAAAACCCUGAACCCGUCAACCCUUCAAACGGGACUCCUAUUGCUAAUAACGACCAAAUGGAUCCCAUUAAGGAUACAGAUUCUAAGGGUACGGACACAACUAAAACCUCUUCAGCCAGGGGUGCAAAUGGCGGCGACUCUCAGAAAUGGGCGCUUAUUCUCAUGGGUAUUAUCUACGUUCCAAUAUACUGUAAACCAAACAAACGGAAGGAAAUGGUUGACAACCAGAAGUCAAAUGUGAAACAUGUCGCUGACAUUGUGGGUGAAUGGGGUAAAUGGCAAUUGCACCUGGUCAUUGUAAUGAAUGGCAAUUCGAUCGGACAAAUAUGUGACCGAGCUAAUUUCGCGUCAUUUUCGCAAACAUUGUUUAUGUUGGGGUACGUCAUAUCGGGACUGGUAUUCUCUCAUUAUUCAGAUAAAUACGGCCGAAGACCUAUUGUAUGGCUGGGAUUCACAAUAGAGUUGACGGGCAUAUUGUUGUGUGCCGUCUCACCUAAUAUUUAUUAUUACUCAAUCGCCCGAUUUCUGGUAGGAAUGGGAGGUUCUGGAAGGGGAAUGGCUAUGUCAGACAUCACUAUUCUGGGUGGCAUUGGUUGGGUCAUAGGUUACGCUGGGAUACCAGGGUUGGCGUAUUGGCUGCAAGAUUAUAGAUACAUGCAAUUUGCGUCAUUAAUACCAUUGACUGUAAUGUUAUUUUGGUUUUAUUUUCUGUAUGAAUCCCCGCGUUGGCAGAUAACCAAUGGACAGGUAGACAGAGCUGAACAGACUCUCAAAAAUGCAUUGAAAAUGAAUGGCAAGUCUAAUGAUAAUCUAAAAACACAGGUGUCUGAGUUAUUUGAAUAUCUGCAAAAGAUGCAAUCAACUGAAAGUGCAAAACAAAAAUACACAAUAUUAGACCUGGUAAAAACACCUAAACUUAGAAAAAUAACAUUUAUAACAUGGUUUUCCUGGGCAACAAACGCACUACUUUACUAUGGGUUCAGUCUUAAUAUGUCUGAAUUUGGUGGAAAUUUUUACAUAACCUUCCUAUUGUCAGGACUGGUAGAGAUACCAUCAUAUAUACUGCCCGCCAUAUUCCUUCGCUUUAUUGGUCGCCGAAUAUUAUUUGCAAUAUUUAUGUUAAUAACUGGUGUCUCGUGUUUUGCGGUCAUCCCAUCCACCAGUGAAUGGCUUAAAGUGAUGUUUGCAUUAUUAGGCAAAUUGGGAAUCAACAGCGCCUGGAAUGUGAUGUUUGUACACAUUCCUGAACUCUACCCCACAGUCUUGAGGCAGAGGGGAGUGGGUGUCGCGUCUGUCAUCUCAAGGAUUGGAUCCAUUAGCGCAACAUUUAUGAAGAAUUUGACGGCCACUAGUGGAUUAUCACUGGUUAUGACACUGUACGGUACCCUCACAUGUGUCGGUGCAGUGUUGGGACUAUUUCUUCCCGAAACAAAGGGACGAGAAAUUCCCGAUACUAUAGAAGAGGCAGAAAAUGUUGACUCAAUUCAAUUGAAUAACAUUAAGGAUAAACAAAAUGAAAAUAAUGGAAAAUAUUAA